UGACACUGUCUUGCAGUUGAAAGGGCAAUGCCCUGUUGUUCAGUUUAUCAAAAUAUAAAACAUUGUCCAGGCUAAGAGGCCUUGUUCCUCAUCCUAUUUUGAGGAUGGCGUCAGGCCAAGAGGGUAAGAAGAAGAAGAAGCAGCAGCAACAGCGCCAGGCUCAGGCCACGAAUACUUCUAAUGAGACGAAAAAGGAGGAAGCAGAUAGCCAAAUCAAUUUGCAGGCUGUGCUCCGACUCGAUCCGUCAGCGUUGAAUAUUUGCCACGUUGUGCCGCAGGUUACUCUUUACGAGUUCCAAUCUUCUCAGUGGGUCAAGGUUGAUGUGGAGGGGACGCUGUUCGUAUACCGCAGGAAAGGAAUCCCAGUGCACCAUCUGUUGUUGAUGAAUCAGUUAAAUACUCGGAAUGUGACUGAGCCCAUUACUGCACGUCUUAAUCUUCAGAUAGCCAGUAAUUUCCUCUUGUACCGGAGUAGUGCCAACGAUGCUAUUUUUGGCCUCUGGGUGUCAGAUUCGGACGAGCAGCAUGCCCUCGGUAAUGUUAUCCAGCAAUUGAUGGAUGAGUCUGAGAAGACACUGGCAAAAGCGCAAGAGGGAGCUGCGUCAUCACAACAGCACCAGCCACCAGCAACGACAGCAAGUACAACGGAGGGCAAGGUGAACGUUCUCGCGUUGCUGAAUGAAGCCGCUCGCAACUCCCAGGGCGCUCAGCCAGCCGUAUCUACAGCGGCAGCACUGCCCGAAACACCGACCAGACCCUCCAAGUCGUCUGGCUCGGCCAAGCCCAGCGUCACACCAGUCUCGAUGCCACGCGGCAGUCAGAAAGCCACCGGUGCACAGCAGUUCGCCAGCGGCUCUCCGGCUGUGGCAAUGGCAGCAGCCUCGGCCAAUGUCGUUCCCAUGAUCAGCUCGCCGUUCGCCACGCAGCUACCCAUGCCAUCGCAGGUGGGCAUGACCGAGAACACACCGGUGCUGCAGCAGCAGCAGGCUCCUGUGGCGGUGCUGCCGCACAGCAGAACCACACCGGCACAGGCUAUGCAGACGGCGUUCAACUCGAUGAUGCAGGGCGAAGGCCGUGCGCCGCCGACAAUGGCCAUGUCCACUGCCUGUGCCUCCGUUACCACCACACUACCGUCCAGCAAUCACCAGCCGAGAGUUCCAGUAGUGCCAGCAGCUACUGCAGUGGCACAACUUAACGGCGGUGUUGCUUCAAGCACCGUCCCAGUCCUGCCGUAUGGUGUUACCAAUGCUACGACUGUCAUGGCUACUCUUCCCAACCACCACCAUCACCAACAGCAGCCUGUUGCAGUUGCCCCUGCGUCAGCUCUGCCGGUGACUGGCUACUCGCAUGUGAACGCAGCGCCGGUUUCCACUGUGGUCGACUUGACCAACAGCCUGAGUGGCUCUCCGCCACUCAGCACGGCCAUCAGUACGCCGCUACCGUAUGCAGUUGCUUCGGCAUCCGCCACACCUCUGUCCGCCAAUGUGCACGCCGUCCGUCAGGUGUCCCAGCCAUUCGUGGCUGGCUCGGCAGCUCCCUCUCCGCAGCUUGGCUCCACCGUGGGAGUGAAGUCAGUGCCCAACAGCGCCACACGGAACAUGACCGUAUCUAUGAGCAGCAAGUCCGACUUGAUGCUGCCCGGAGAUUUCCAAUCGUCACCUAGCGCCGAGCCACAGCCCGCUCCACACUUCACCGGCAGUCCGCCGCUACGCGUCGUCUCGGCCGAGUCGCGCUCGUCACGAGCCGCCAGUCUCGGCGCUGUGUCGCUGCCGUCUUCCGCCACCCCCGCUCCGUUCCAACGCGCCCCCAGUCCGCCGCUGCAAGACAGCCUGCAGGGUCUCACGCUGGAGCAGAUGCAGCAAGGGCUCGUGCAUCUGAUCAAGCACAACCCCCAGUUCAUGCACACGCUGCAUGGCGCCUAUCUCGAAAGCCUGAAUCCACGCGCAAAUUCUCACUGAGACCCUGCACCGCUCUUCACUUUUAAGGUUUCUAGCGCCUGUCGCAAUGUCGUAUUCCCUUUGGGAUGGUUUAGCUGCUCAGCUACCAGUGGUGAAACCGGGCUGGUUCCCGUUUCCUGGUCUUUCUAGAGCAUCUUCCCCUUCCUGGUUGAAGAGAUUGCAUGUGCUCCUUUUUCACACUGGAUUCCACCACAUUGGUCUCGUCUCAUCAAUGUAUAUAUCUCAUCGUAUUUAUGUAAUCUAAAUGUCUUCUUAGUCUUACUGCCCCUGUUGCUAGUAUUAGAACUCACCGCUUGCACUUAGCUAGUAUAUGCCCCUGCCUGUUGUCUGUUUGUUGUUGCUCCCUUAUCUACGCUUGUUCGUAGACGUGCCUGCUUACUCCUUCUGCCUGCGCUCUUUCCGCGGAAGUGACGGAUAUUCCCCGUGCAUGUACUAUUGGCGGUUGCCUCCUUCACGUGGCCAACUUUGUAAUCGUCUACGUUGUUGAGAUUCUGCAUUUUCACACUGCUUUUUAGUUUUCCGAUUGCAGUGUGUCGUAUCUUCUUGGUUCGGAUUGACAAAUUUUAGCCGUUUUAUUUUUAUCUUUGCUUUCCGCCGCCCAUGGUGUGCUACGCCGGUUGAGCUUGGUUUUUAUUUUUGUUAUCAUCGUACAUGUAAUAAUGCUAUUUCUAUUUCUUUUUCUUUUCCUCUCUCCUGACUUCAGUCUUUCCGUCUUUUCUCCUUCUCUCUUUCUGAGCAUCCUCUGGCUCGCCCCUCCUAAGUCUAGUCUGUUCUCACCUGUCGCUCUGCAGGCAUCCCCCUGGAUGCCGCCA